CCUUGCCUACAGACACAGAUCAGGCUGGGGAAUGUCUGCAGAAGUCUUACAUAGCAAUACAAAAGAUCACAGCUUUCAUAAAGCUCAUCCGUGAAGAUCACAAAAAGGCUGCCGAUUCAAACCCCUUGAGCAAAAUGUUGGCACGUAAAAUCCGGCAGAACAUCCAGAAAAAAAUGGAACACCUCACAUACGCACUCUGUACUGAGUUGAAAGUUCACAUGGGUGACUUUGAAUGUUCCUCCUCUGAUGUUGAUAUGGAAUUUGUGAGAAGACGAUACACAACUUCAGAUGACACUCGAAGAUAUCAACGAGACUAUUUGAUUCUGCGUGAUGCAAAGUUUGUUAUGGAUGAAGUAAGCCGUCAGAUUCACAAACACAGCACAGGCUAAGUCUUACCAUAGUAGCAUUUACACUUCCACAGUUAGUGGACCAAUUCGGUGUAUGUGUGUAUCACACGACAAUUUUAGAGGACUAAUUUGAAG